GCCAGGAAUCAGGCCAGCAGCCUUACCAUCGCUCCCAUUCUCAGCGAUGACAGGCCCCUAUGUCGCUCAGUCUGGACCAGCACCAAGUAGUACAUCAGCAGCAGCCAUGUCACAGACUGAGGCUUCUACAUCUUCUGGUCCAGCGACUGGUGCUACACCACAGUUGCCACCUGUCUCGCCAGCGGGACAACAAUAUCCUUGGUAUCCCAACCCCCCCCUGAAACCACCUCCAACCUUCUCAGGAGACAAGAAGGAUGAGGCUCUCGACACGUGGUUGAGAACGGUGCCAGUGUGGGUGAGGGCAAAGAGGACAUUGGUAGAGGAGGAAGUGAUUAAUGUUGCAUCCUAUUUAGAGGGUUCAACAGCUCGCUGGUUAAAUGGAUUGGUAGCUUCAAAGGGGUUCGACAGGAACAUGGGUGACUGGGCGCAGACCCACACCCUAGAAAGCUUUAUGGAUUUAGUGGAAGCACAGCGGCACAAUCCUCAGCAGGCACAUAUUGCCACUGAUGGAUUAUUAAAGCUUGAUGCUAGGAAGUACAAGUCAGUGCGAGAGCUUACCACGACCGUAGAGCGCUUGAUUGUUGUCCCAGGAGUGGAGUACAAUCCACAGGUCUUGUUGACCACGUUCUUGAGAUGUCUUCCCAUAGACAUCAAGAACUUAUUAGCUAGCGAGGCUCGCAGAGAGUAUCACACGUUUGAGACAUUCAGCAAGAAGGCCCUAGACUUAGAGGCUACACUGGGUAGUGCUCAAACCCAUUCUACGAAUGGGAGAAAGAAGAAGACUCCACAAGAAUGGAAGAAGAAGGGUAGUCGAUUGGACGGGAAAAAGUUGAGACCGGUCGAGUACAUGAGCAAAAAGAUGCCAUCAAAGAAGUUGGCAAAGUCCACCUACGAGAGGGGACUCUAUGCUCUCUACAAGGCACUUGUCCACGGGAGGCACUAUCUGUUAGGAAGGUUCUUCUAUUUGAGAACUGACCACCAGACCCUCAAGUGGAUCAAGACACAACCGGUUCUCUCCGAUGCACUCAAACGCUGGAUUGAAGUCAUAGAUCAGUAUGACUUCAAACUAGACUAUGUGAAGGGAGAGUACAACAAGGUUGCAGAUGCGUUGUUUAGAAGGGCAGAUUACCUGGGUGCGCUGAUUUAUGAGUUUGGCCUAUCUGAGGACGUGACUCGAUCUAUGGAGGAAGCCUACAAGGAAGAUCCCAUCACGAUGGACAUCAUCACCGAACUUCAGGCUAAAGACAAGGCCACCACUGAUGAGUUUGUGAUGGUGGAUGGGUUGCUCUUCCUUGAGAAGGCAGGGUUCAAGAAAUUAGUUGUUCCAUCUAGGGAAGAUUUCCGUAGUUUGUUUUUAGGAGAAUGCCAUGACGCAAUGGGACAUUUCGGCUAUAAGAAGACUUGUGCUAACUUAGUACAACGAUUUUGGUGGCCUAACAUGUUGGACGAUGCAAAGAAGUACGUACAGACCUGUCAGGUAUGUCAGCGGGACAAACCGCGGACUCAAGCUCCGCUUGGGUUACUAAAGCCUCUACCCAUUCCUGCUGGCCCAGGGCAGAGUAUCUCCAUGGACUUCAUGGAUACUCUCGUGACCAGCAAGAAUGGCAAGAGGCACAUCUUCGCCAUAGUGGAUAGGUUCACUAAGUACGCUAGACUAAUCGCCAUGCAAGAAACUGCCAGGACUGAGCACGUCAUCAAGUUGUUCAUGGACAACUGGGUGCGUGACUAUGGACUUCCAAAAACGAUCGUCAGUGACAGAGAUGUACGUUUCACAAGCAAGAUGUGGAAGAAGGCCGCUGAACAGAUGGGCAGCCAGCUUCAGAUGACUUCAGGGAAUCAUCCCGAAGCAAAUGGGCAGGCUGAACAGAUGAACCGAGUGGUGCAGCAUCUGCUGAGGCAUUACAUCAAGCCCAGCCAGGAUGACGGGGAUGAGAAAUUACCUCUCAUCGCCAGCCUGUACAAUAACGCUACUGUCGAACACAUCAAGAAAUCUCAGGAAGUCAUGAUUGCUUAUGAGAACAAGCGUUGCCGACAGUCCACAUUUCAGGUAGGGGAACGUGUCUGGGGCAAGGCUAGUGAGUUGGGACAGGAGUUUGGCAUCUCUAGGAAACUAAUGCCUCAGUAUUUCGGUCCCUGGGAAGUCCUGGACAUUGUGGGGAAUGAUUUGGAUGGUCCCUUGUACGUCAUUCGUAUCCCUGGUCACGUACGCACUUACCCUGUUUUUCACGCCUCCAAGCUUGCACCUUUCGCUGAGACAGCACAGUUCCCAUCACGGAGAUCUAUGCUUCCCCCAACCAUGGAUGGCCACGUGGACGUCGACGAUAUCCUGGAUCACAGAGAGACGCCUGUUCCCAAGCCACCUGGCAGGGGAAGACCUCCCAAACCUGCGAGGGCAUACAGACUCUGGAUGACCCUCUCUGGGAUCAUGGCCCUGCCUUAUUGGCUGUUAUGUGUGAUGGUUGCGAUAGGAGUUGGAGGUGACAGCUAUAUUGACACAGUGUGCAUCACAACAGGAAUCCAAAAUUUCAGUUCUUAUGGCGGGAUGGCCAUGGGAGUGCUAAAGGCAGAGGUUGGUGUCAGUGGAGCCUUCUUUACUAUGCAAGCUGUGAACAGUCAGGUUCCUUGCAGUGGAGAAGACCGGGGAGGGGCCGUAAUGUUAGAAGAGGAGUCGUGAGAUAGGAUAGUGAAGUGAGGUCAGCGUUCUGGUUGGAAGAAGGAAGAGGAAGUCCAAGAACAUUAGAAAAC